CAGGUAUCAAUCCCAAAUAUCUCCAAUGUCUCGAAUCUGGUAAGUAUCACAUCCUCCUACCACCGAAGUCCAAUCACUGAUCUCUGUUCAUCUCGUACCCAAAGUCUCUCAUCUGAAGAAGAGGAAGAAGGGGUCUGGAGAAGAAGAAGAAGAAGAAGAAGAGGAAGACCUGAGAGGGGCAGAGGAUCGGUGGAGAUGGCGAGUAGCCCUAGGCCCUACCUGAUGAUGAAAGGUGGCGCCUUGGCUGCUGUUGGAGACGGCUGUGCCGCUGGGAGCUAUGGCGCUCGCAGUGGCUGUCAGGAAAGGAGGCAUGUCGCGAGGACCAUCAACAAAGAGGAGGUGGUUUUCCGUAGAGAACAUCAGGACAUCACGUCACGCCGUGAAUUUGACAUUUACGAUCCCGAUCUUCUGAAAAAGUCGCUACCUCCUCGUAUCGAUGACUCAGCGAAGAACAACCCCCCAUCAAGCCUGAAAAUGCUUGCAGGCGAAGACCUGCAAUACGAAGAGCGUAUCAAGUGUCAGCAGCAGCAGCAGGAGAGAUGGUUAACGGAUCAUCUCGAGGAGACGGACUGCGCAAGAGAGCGAGAUCUGAGAGAGAGGGCACAGACAGAAGAGAUGCUGCUUGCACAGGAUGAAUACGCAAUGUACCUGGCCGACAAUGAUAGAAGAAUCAGACACGAGAUCAAUUGUGAUUAUGCAAGGGCACACCUGUGUCAGGCAGAGGAGAAGAGACAGAAGGAACAGGAGGCAUGGGAAGAAGAGCAGAGAGCUAAUGAGGAAGAGAUUUGUCUGACAAACACAAGCGCAUUCAUGACAGAGGAUCCAUGUGUGCAGAUCAACAGAAUCCAGCCUCAUCGCUACCGCAAAGACCAUUACAAGUCAAUGCCUCCGCGGGCAAAGCAGCGGAUCAUGUGUGAACGCAAGCAACAAGUCUGUGAUGUCAAGGUGAGCCGUCAAGUUCAGCUCUCGGCGGAGCUAGAGUAUGCCAGGGAGCAAGAGAUGAUUCGCAGGCUGUUGGUACAAAAAAAUGCUGAGCUGGCAUGCCUUCGCAGGCAGAUGAAGAUAGAGCUGGCUCAACAGCUCAAGAAAAUGAGCAUUUGCAAGAAGAUCAAGUGAGUGCACCUUCCUACCUUGUCCAUAUAUUGAUCUCUGUACUCCUUGGUGGCAAGAAUUGGGAAACAAAAAAAGAAAGAGCUC